GCCUUCCGUGUCGCUCCCGCGCAGUUUUCUGUAACCACGCCCACCUAUUGGACAAAACAACAUGGAAGGCUGAUGAUAAAGUAACUUAACUAUCCGCAUGCAGUAGAGAAACGUUUCAAAGAAUAAAAAAAGAACUUGCUAGUUCUUACAAUUCUAAUGACCGCUGUGUGAAAGCUUUCAGACUUGAACAUGGAGGACGGUCAGGACGGGCCGAGUACAGAACGUACUAAGACCUGGGGUUUUCGGCGCACCACUAUCGCCCGUCGGGAGUUCCUGGAAGAGGUUGGAGACCUUAUGGAAGACUCCAAACCAGUGCCCUGUCGCCGUGGUGCUCGCCAGCCAAGGGGCAGGGGCAGGGGCCGGGCCAAGCAAGCCACUGAGACCACCCCAACACCGACGAGUAAGCGGGGCAGGGGGAGCAGGAAGAGUUCCCCUAAUGCCUUUCUCGCGUCUGUCAGCGCUGAGACCACUACUGAGGCAAACAGUGAGGUUGCAGGCUUACAUGCAUCAGAAAUGUGUGAAGCUGGGGCUGUAAAGACCGUGCCUACUGAGAACCACCCUUUGAGUGAGGGUACAACAGACAGUGAGGAGAUAAGUCUGCAUGAGUACGCAGAGAGGCUUAAAAGACGCAAGCUGCUGGAGGACAAAAAGACUGCUGCUAAGGCAGAAGCAGAAGCAAAAUCCAAAGCAAAUGGUGCAAAAAUGAUAGAGGUUAUACAGAUUGAGACGUCAACAGAGGAGGAGGAAGUAGCCAUUAGACAAACAGGUAAGCCGUCAGCAAGGUCUUUGGUCAGUGCUGGAUCGUUACACCCCGUCUGUGCAAACAACGAAGAUGGUAUGCUGGUCAAAAGGAGCCAGAAACCAGCCAGAGGUGUGCACAAAUCUGCUUCCAAGUUUCCAGACACUGAGGAUGAGGAGGGAGAGAGGAAGGAGAAUGAAACGGAGGGACAAGGAUCACCAGAAGAAUGUGAGAGUGAGGACACUGACCCAGAUGCUGUGUAUUGCAUCUGUCGACAGAAACAUAACAAAAGGUUUAUGAUCUGCUGUGAUCGCUGUGAAGAGUGGUUUCAUGGUGACUGUGUCGGCAUCUCGGAGAAGCGUGGGCGGCUCAUGGAGAUGAACAGGGAGGACUACAUCUGCCCAAACUGUAGCCCCUGCGCAAGUCCUGUACCUGUCCAGACAGUGCAGACUGCCCUCUCUGCUACUGGGAUGAGUUCUUCCUCUGAGAGUCUCAUGUCAUCUGCUUGUGAAGAUAGACCCAGUGAAGAUAAAGGCAUCAAAGGAAAAAUUAGAAAAGCUAGCAGCGAAGGAACGAAGAAGAAAAUUAAAUUAUUCCAUCCGGGAGUGACGAGUGCUGUUGUGGAGGAGGAACAGGUUCUCCCAAAAUGCAUUGGGCCAGGCUGCAUUAAGAGUGCUCUACCUGACUCUGUGUACUGCGGCCAUGAAUGCAUCCUCCGACAUGCUGCGGUAACCAUGAAGUCUCUUUCUGAGCAAAAAACACCCAAGCUGGAGCCUCUACCACCACAGGCUCACCCCACACCAAAAGCACUCAGUAAACCAACCAUUCUCUCAGCACUGAAGGCGCAGAUGAAGCCUCUUCUCGGGAAGGUGGCCAGGAAGAGGUCAUCUGGAGGACAGCAAAGAGAGGUGGAGGAUCAUGGUGCAGUUAAGGAGAAAGAGGCUGCUGUGCUGCCCAGCACCCAAACUGAGGCAGUGAGGGCACAGCAGGCUUCUGCCAUAGACUCGUCAGUUUUUUACAAGUCCAAUAAAAAAACAGCUCAGAAUGUAGACAGUAAAACAGAAAGAGAUGACCUUGGGAGAUCCAAAUCACCCUCAGAGGUGACGGUCAAACCAGGACACACCGCAUCUCCACCUGCAAACCGGACCAUACAGGCAGAUUUCAAUCUGCUGCCUCUGAAUUCCAAACCAACAGUACAGUUGGCUUCAGACUCUGACUUGACCACGUCCAGACAACAACCUACGGCUGCACAUAGCAUCAGCAAGUCUCUACUGCCCAAAAAAUCACCUGAACAGUCACCUCCCUCCACAUCCUCCUCCCCUACAUCUGUCCCAGUCACAGCCUCCGGCUCUCAGCAGGGACCUCAGGUCCCCCAAAUGCCGUCAGAGCAAAAGCUGAAGCCUAACAUCCAGAUCAGGCUAAAUAUCCGCCGCUCCCUCACUGAGAUUCUCUGGAAAAGGGUAAAUGACAGUGAUGAUUUAGCAUUGUCAGAAAGUGAAGUUGGGAAUUUGGCCGUGAACAUUGAGAAGGCGAUAUACAACAUGUACCUUUCAACUGAUGGUAAAUACAAGAACAAGUACAGGUUGAUCAUGUUCAACCUGAAAGAUCCCAAAAAUAAGGUGCUGUUCUAUCAGGUGAUCAAAGGAGAAAUCUCACCAUCAAAGCUAACCAGACUAAGUCAAGAUGAGUUACAGGCCAGGGAACCAUCAUCUCCAAACGUCAGUGUACCGCCUGAGGCUCACCAGAGCAGUCCUGAGAUGAGGCAGAUAAAGCAAGAUGUGAAAGAGGAGUCGCCCCCUAGUGGUGUAACAGAGAAAACCACACAAUUGUCUUCUGUAGCAGCAUGCAAGUCAGAGGACUCACCACCGCCCUCCACACCCUCUCAGUAUUCUGGAAUCAAGCUAAAUCAACCAACCAAAAUGCCGUCAGUUCCAGACUUCAUCAGCAGUAUGCUGAAGGAUACAACAUCAGAGCACAAAACCCAUCUCUUUGAUCUGAAGUGCAGGAUAUGCACAGGUCAGAUAUCAGCUGAUGAUAUUGAUGAGCCUGGAGCUAAGAGGCUGAAGAAAUCUGAACCAGAGGAGAAGCAGGAGACAUCACACAAGGAGAGGCCUCCUAAGAUGAGCCGUGGCACAGAGAGAAGGACAGCACCCAUCGUGCCACGUGUCAAAUCGCCAGUUAUGGAAUCUCCAGCGUCCCCUGUGCCAGAGGACAUUCCAGACGCUGGGGAGGAGUCGUCAGACUUCACCCCCAUUGUUAUACCUGAGGUGUCCAUUGUGUCCAUCACCAGACAGGAUCCGCGCACUGCUGGAUUCCGUCCUGCUGUUAAACCCAGCGUACACCAACCACCGAUCGCUCCAUCCCCACCCACCACACCUGUAAUCAGUGCGCCCAAACCAGUCAAACCACCACUUCCUCCACCGCCACCUGUUGUCCCGAAAUCUAUCCUGAUGAAACCCACUGGAUCAUCUGUCAGAUUGUACUCUACCUCCCGGACACCCACAAGCGCGGUGUCUUCUCAACCUCCUCCGGACAAGGACACACGUCAUUUUCUACUAAAGCAGGAGACUAUAUGGAAAGGAUUUCUGAACAUGCAAACAGUUGCUAAAUUUGUCACAAAGGGUUACCUGGUUUCAGGAUCCUCAAAAUACCUGAAUGAGGACAUACCUGACACUAUUCACAUCGGGGGUCGGAUAUUGCCUCAAACAGUGUGGGAGUAUGUGGAGAGAGUAAAGGCAUCUCCCUCUAAAGAUUUGUGUUUGAUCCGUUUCCAACCAGCGACGGAUGAGGAGGAAGUGGCAUAUGUGUCUCUUUUUUCGUAUUUCAACAGUCGCAGGCGUUUUGGUGUGGUUUCCAACCACUGCACGUAUAUCAAGGACUUCUACCUCAUUCCUCUUGGAGCUCAUGAAUCUGUCCCCUCACUACUUCUGCCACUUGAGGGACCAGGUUUUGAGCAGAAGCGUCCAAAUCUGCUGCUUGGCCUGGCUGUAUGUCAGAAACCAAAGCCACCUGAGGCUUUGAAAGAAGAGGCUAAUGAAACGAGAGUUAAAACACUGAUUGCUUCAGAAUCGUCUGAUGGUGGUUUUCCUACUGCAAAAUCAGCCAUCCCUAGUGCGAAACCGAAUGACUGGCAACCCUAUGAUCCGGAGAUCCCAAUUAGCACAACGCCCCCUGGAUCUCCAGACUCCUCCUCCUCAGGUUCUGUGUCAUCUCCGUCUGAUUUAGCCCAUACUGUCCUGUCCAUCAUUAAAGCACCUACUGCUGCCAGCUCUAAACCAAUAAGUAACUCAGAUCCCUCUGUAUCAGCUGACAAAAAUCCCCUGCAAACCAUUCUUAAAACUUUGUUUGGAAGGAAGGAGGAACCUUCUGCCAAUGCAAUGGACUCACCUAAACAAAGCUCCUCAGUAGACAUCAAAUCCCCAGCCCCAAAUACUGCAGAGGUUGAUCUGAUUGUUCAAAAGUAUGGACAUAUUUCCACAGACAGACCAAUAGCGAAUAUUGAGAUAAGCAAAGAUGAUGAUAGACCAUAUGAUCCAGAAGAAGAGUAUGAGCCAGAAGUUGAGUAUGAUCCAGAAGUUGAGUAUGGGAUGUUAAAUCAGACCAGCACAAUCCCAAUGAUGAAGAAGAUAGAUAAUGAUGAUGAUCGACCUUAUGACCCAGAGGAGUAUGAUCCAGCAAUGGGUUAUGAUAACCCCAUAAGUCCAGUCAAAACAUUUGAAAAUAAAACUGUAGCACAGCAGCCCACAAUCGAGGAUGAUGUUGCCUAUGACCCAGAGGACAGCACUUUCUUUGAAGAGAUGCAAGCUGACCUUGCUGGAAAUUCAGUUGGAGCCAGUGGCACAGUAGUAUCUGAACAGCAGAGAAUGCUGCUGGAAUUGAACAAGCAGAUUGAGGAGCAAAAACGUCAGCUUGAGGAACAAGAAGAAGAAUUGUCUCGGCAAAGAGCAGCAGCAGGGAUGUCAAUGGCUCACUUUUCUGUCUCAGAUGCUUUACUUUCUCCUCCUAGAACUUCCUAUCUGUCAAACUGUGAUUUGUUACAACUUGCAGAAAAGCAGACCAUAGAUACUGUUGAUAGGCCAGUUAUUAAUCAGAGGAGGGACCCACGGCAGAAAAGAGAAUCUAGGUGUGUAGAUAAUAAGCCAGUGGAGAGUGAGCAUGGUAGCAAAAAUACCCCUUUAGGAUCAUCAAAGUCAGAAGCCAUUCAACCAGAGAAGCACCCAUUAACGACUGAUAUACAGACAGCUAAACAAGGGACUCCAGUAUCUACUGAGAACAAAACAAGCACAGAGAAAACAAAAACAAAAAUGUCAUCUACUGAGAAAGUAGAUGAAAUAGUUGGCAAACGUGGCAAACGUGGUGUUAAAGAGUUUACAAAGACAGAUACACAUACAAAAGCAAAUAGUCUCAAAACAGAGACACGAGCGCAAUCUGGUGAAGCUCCUCGUCAUUCACAUAGGUCUGGCUGUAAAUCACGCCGAAAAUCCCCAAGAGAUAGUAAAGAUGUGUCACCAAGGAAAAGGCAACGUUCAAGUGAUAGUCAUGAAGUCAAGCCCUCCCAACCAUCACCAGUCAGUAUCAAACAAAGUGAAAAUGACAAGCAUCAUGACCGAGAACAGUUUGAGCACAGAGGUUCGAACAUUUCAUUGAGUAAACAAACAAGUAGAGGGCAACCGAGAUGGGAAGGACGAAGAGAAUUUGGGACAAUUUCAGACGUGGCACAAAGAGGUGCCAGCUUUUCUGCCCCAGAGGAUAAGUUCAAGGAACGAGGUUCCGGCCAAAAUACAAGACCAAGAGGACCCCCUUCAAGACAGUUCAGUGACCCCGAUUGUCAAACACAGCACACUUUCGAUAGACCAUUUCACUCAAACCAGUAUGAUGGUCCUCAUCCACCAAUGUAUCACCCAGGACCAAGAGGACCAUUUGGACAACCCCCUCAAGGACUGUUUGAAAACAGAGGCCCCAGACCUCCAGGAUCUGGACCACCAGGGCCUCCUAUCAGGCAGUUUAAUGUCAGCCAUGGUCCCAGGAUGCUGAAUGUUGAUGCUCCAUGGAGAUCAAACAAUAACAGUGACUUUAAUGAUUGUCACUCUUUUCAUGAUGAUGACAAACCUGCUCCCCCACACAUGUUCAGAGAAAAUCAUGGAGACUUUUCUUUCGGUGGUGCCCCCACUGAGCAACCUGAAAUGCAUAGGGGCGGAGAUUUAGAAUGGGACAAGCAGAGAACACAUUUUACUCCAAACAGAUUUGACCAGCAGCCUCGACGUAAUACUCCAGAAAGGGUUGGGCCAGGGUUUUGCGGAUCAGGCCCUAGUGACAACUACAGAAACAGAGAAAUUAUCAAGAAUAGGAGUGCUUCUUUCCCUGGUCCCCCAGAUAUGUCUUUAGAUCCAAGAGCACCUUUGCAUCGUUUUCCAAAAUCAGGUUCACCUCAACACGAACAAACCUUCGAAGAGCAAAGUCCUCAUCAUUUUGAUCACCACAGCCCAAGAGACUGCCCCCCGUUUCCCAGACCAAGAGAUCCCGCUUCAGGACCAUUUUUAGGGAAUAAAGGCCAACCAAGCUUGUGCUCGGACAAGCCAGAUCAUCAGUCUAAUGCACUGCCUCGACGACACUCUGGCCCUUUGCUACCGACCCCUCCAGGGGGUCCCACCGGACCAUUUAAUCCCACAAUGCAACAUCCUCCUCAAAGCCUAGAAAACCCUUGGCCACCACAAAACCCACCUGGAAGAACAGGUUUUGACAGAGAGACUUCUGGAUCAGAUAAUGCAAAAAAUCCCAGAGAGAAUAAGGACCCCUCACCCUACCACUCACAUGAAAACGCCAGAGAUCGGUCAGAAGAGAGGAGGAUGUCUGAUGGCAGCUUGCCUAGACAGAGAGACAGGAGGCUGUGGCCUAGGGAGCAAGCCUGGAAAAGGUCUCUCUCUAGAGGGAGAGGGGUUGAUAAGGGUAAAGGAGGAGAGUCAGGAGAGAGUGAUGGUGAAACAAGGAGGCUAAAGGGUGGACAAGAUCGAGAUUACGCCAAGAGAGCUAGAAUAAGAAACAGGCACCAGGACCGCGAAAGAGAUUCUCACAGUAGUAGUCAAGAGGACAGGAACCAAUCUUGUCAUGAGAGAACAGGAAGGAGAGGACAAAACGAUGGGGGGUUUAAAGGCUUUGGUAGAAAAGGGAGCAGAGGUAGAGAAAGAAAUAGAUAAAGAUCUUGAGUUACAAAGACAGAUCAUGGGAGAAGCCAAGAUAUAACAAGAGCAUUGUAGAAGUUAAUGCUGUUUUGUCAUACAUUUAAAUAUCAGUUGAUACCUCUUGAGUUCUUCACCUCUUGUGUACUCAUUUUAUAACAUUGAUUCUUUAAAGAUGCCUGUUUUGUGUCAGACAAGUUGCAAUAAUAAUGCAUUUGUGAAAAGAAUUUAGCAGCACCAAACUAUUGUGCAGUGAACAAUAUGCAAGAUUAAAAAUUAAACUGUUGCAUACAGAAUCAAUGUACCUUUUAUGUUGACCAUUUAUGUGUAAUUUGCAGACUACUUUUGUUCUGUUAUUCAUCUUUAUAGUCAAUUUUCAAACUAAGAAAAAGUACAUGUUUUAUUUGUACUUUCUAUGAGGAAGUGUUAUAAACCAUACUGGUUUAAUUUGGUUUGUUUAAAAGUGUUUUGUCUAUUGGAUAUACUGUAGUUCAUGUGGUUCAUGAAAAUAGUUUUAUAGGGAGCCAAAACAUUACUAGCUUUGAACAUUAUGCUUUACUUUGUGUCCUCUGUAGAAAUCAGAGAACUCAUUGCUGAAAAAUAAAACAUUUAAUAAAUGAUUAAUGGUC